AUGGCAGCUAAAGCUAAUUUAGCUAAAAGUUCAGCUUAUUUUGGGGUUGUUCCUAGGGAGAUUCGGGAGGAGAUUAUGGUGAAGUCACUCAUCAGGAAAUUCCUACAAAAGGUUGAUUGUUGGUCUGCCAAAAUGCUCUUGUAUACUGGUAGCCUACAAUUGAUAAAGUUUGUGCUCAUAGGGGUUGAGGCUUACUGGUGUCAGGACUAUCUCUUAGUGUUCUUCAUUGUUGCAUAUGUUGCAAAUGGCUUGCUUGCUUCAAGCCAUGGCGCUAGAGUUCGGGUACAAGGUAACGAUUCGCCUACGUUCAAUGUGUUGAAUUAUGGAGCCAUUGGAGAUGGAAAACAAGAUGAUACUCUGGCAUUUUCAAAAGCAUGGUCAGAUGUAUGCAAUUCUAGCAAUGAUACUCCAACCCUAGUCGUGCCCCUAGGGAAGACAUUCUUAGUAAAAUCCAUUCUUUUCAAGGGUCCAUGCAAGUCUACAAGAAUUCAUGUUGAGGUCCAGGGGAAUAUUGUGGCACCUGAUAGCAUUGAUGAGUGGGGAGAGUGUCAAAGCAAUACUUGGCUUCAAUUUGAAUAUGUUGACAAUCUCAUUGUAGAUGGCCAAGGAGUAAUUGAUGGGAGAGGCUCAAUUUGGUGGAACAAAGCAUCCAUCAUUAACCAUGAUGCUAUGAUUAAUGCAUUGAGGUUCCAAAGUUGUAAUGGUUUCCAAUUGAGAGGCCUUACACACAAGGAUAGUCCUGGAAGUCACAUAACUUUAUCAGGCGCCAACAACUCUACCAUAUCAAAUGUUAACAUAAUUGCACCAGAAGAUAGCCCCAACACUGAUGGAAUUGACAUUUCUUCCUCAACCAAUCUUCAAAUCCUCCACUCCACCAUUGCAACUGGUGAUGAUUGUAUUGCUAUGGGCUCGCACACAUCACAGAUUUACAUAAGUAACAUCACCUGCGGACCAGGCCACGGUAUAAGUGUGGGGAGUUUAGGGAAGGACGGAGCGGAAGCGAAAGUAGAAGAAAUACACGUGAGAAACUGUACUUUCAUAAACUCAUCAAAUGGUGCCAGAAUAAAAACAUGGCAGGGUGGAUCUGGCUAUGCAAGGAACAUUACCUACGAUGAUAUCAUUCUCACUGAUGUCAAUAACCCUAUUAUCAUUGACCAAUAUUAUUGCUUUGGCCAAUGCAAAAUUCAGCCAUUGGCGGUAGCGGUGUCGAAUGUGAAAUUUAGUGGCUUCCAUGGAACUUCGUCAAGUAAAGCAGCAAUUACUCUAAACUGUAGCCAGACUGUUCCUUGCACCAACAUUCAAAUGGCAGAUAUUGAUAUUGCUCCUUUUAUUUCUACCAUAAACAUAACCUCUUUUUGCGAAAGUGCUCAAGUACAAGAAGAUUCAUCAGUUGUACCUCAUGUGAAUUGCAAUAAGUAG